AUGCCGCGCCGUCGCCCUCCCGGCAGACGAGGGCAGUCGGCUGCUUUUAGCUCGACCCUGAUCGCCCUUCUCCUCGUCUUCCCGCUCGUGGCCUCCACUCAGCAGCAGUACCAUGGCCAUCAAUCCAAUGUUCGCCGGAACUCUCCGCGCGAAGAGACGCUCCUCGACACCUCGACCCGCAACUCGCACUGGUCCGAGGACCAUCUAAACACCCUCUCUGAGCACUCCGUCAAGGAUGUCCGACACAACACAGAAACCCCUUUCAUCUCCAAGAACGAGCGCGCCAUUGCGACUCUCGCUCCAGCAGGCUCCGAGUUUGCUGUUCGAGCACCUCCUGCCAGGUCCGCUGCCGGUCCCUCUGGUGCCAUCUCCUCCCGAGAACGUGCGCGGUCCUUGCAGGAUUGGGAAGUCGUGGACUUUGUCCUUUUGGCGACUGUCGAUGGGAUGAUGCAUGCUAGAGACAGAAACACUGGCGAGGAGCGAUGGACUCUGUACGCCGACCGUCCUAUGGUGGACAUGGUCUACCAUCGAAGAAACUCCACUGGAGGACCCAGUGACCAAAUUCUGGACGAGGGCUUCGAAUGGAUAGUCGAGCCAAAUCAGGACGGGAGUCUAUACAUAGCGACACCCGCUCCGAACAUUGGCAUCCAGAAGCUCGGUCUCACCGUCAAGCAGCUCGCCGAAGAACUUUCGCCUUACGCUAGUGAAGAUCCCCCAGUCGUCUACACGGCCGAAAAGAGGAUUACCAUGUACACCGUCGAUGCCACUACUGGCCGAAUCCUCAAACAAUUCAAUUCCGGAGGCGCCAGCAGUUACGAAGGCGAAGGCAGUUGCCGUCUCAAAGGAUUCGAGGGUGUUGAUGAUGACGCCUGCAAGCCUACCGGCACGCUGGCGCUGGGCCGUACGGAAUACACGGUCGGCAUCGCCAACAGGGACACAGGUGCUCCGAUUUGCACAAUAAGAUAUUUCGAAUGGGCGGCCAACAAUCGGGACCGAGACUUACACAGCCAGUAUUCGUCGACCAUGGACAACAAGUACAUUUACAGCAAGUUCAACGGUCAUGUCUUUGCCCUGGAUCAUACCCGAGACAUAGAGCGGCGAGUGUACAGAGGAAAGUUUGACUCGCCCGUCGUGCGGGUUUUCGAUGUGGUCAGGCCGUUCCAUGCGAACUCCAACUCCCGAGAUACGGCACUUGUGCUACUUCCGCAGCCUCCUGGGCCGGCUAUUGUUCAGGACGUCGAGCAGGAUGUCUUCGUUAACUGCACCGAGAACGGCAGCUGGUACGCGAUGUCUGAGAGCAGCUAUCCUGCGGUCACCGAUGGCGCGACGAGGGCACAAUGCUACUCAGUGGAUUGGAAUCAGCUCGCCAUCAACUGGGGUGUAAAUCAUCCAUCCAUCAAGCCCUUCCUUGUUGGUGUCCAUUCGUUGUCGGACGAUAAUCGAGCAACCCCAUCACAUCUCGCGACUAUUGGAGGGACAGAAGAAGUUUCUUCUGUUAACAAACCUGCUGGUGACAUGCAGCCUGUCAUCUCUACCAGAUCCGCUCCCACGCCACUUCCAACUCCUCAAAAGCCAACCUGGGGUCUGUUCUUUUGGACUUUGGUUGUUGCAAUUGCUUUUCUGUACCUCGGUGCUGUCGUUGACUGGAAGAAAACUUUACACGAUCCACUCUCUACGUUGAAAGCAAACACCGCUGUUCCUGAUCUGUCUCCUAGAGUCCCACAGAUUGAAAUUUCUGAGGCCCAGUCGCCAACCGAGGAACCUGAGGAGGCAACAGAUGAGCAGCGCAAGGAAGUACGCUUCAAGGUCGCCGAGGAAGAAAUUUCCGUCCCUGGAGACGAAACACCGCCAUCUCCCACUGACAGCGAAUCCAAACUUCUUCCGGAUAAUGGUUCCGAGAGACCGGUCUCACCUGGACCGGGUGAGGAUGGCGAGAAUGCGGAGGCGCCGAAAAAGAAGAAAGCACACCGUGGCGUGCGUGGGGGUAGGAAGCGUAAGGGGAAGAAGAAGUCGUCUGAGGAGGAGGAAGAUGGCGGUAUUAGAGUCGUGGAAGAUGUCAAGAAAUUCGGCGAGGAACAAGCUCCUAAGCCUGAGAGCAUAGAGGACCAAGAUGCCUCAUCCUUGUCAGCUGCCAAGCAACUCCACAACCUCACCAUAACAAAUCGCGUCCUUGGCAGUGGAAGUGGUGGUACUUUCGUCUUCGAAGGAAAAUUCGAGGGACGUGAUGUUGCCGUUAAACGGAUGCUUCAUGAGUACUACGAGCUCGCUGACCAAGAAGUCAACCUCCUAACGCAGAGCGAUGAUCAUCCCAACGUCAUCCGUUACUUCUGUAGGCAAAACGACAAAGACUUCCUUUACAUCGCCGUGGAGCUUUGCCAAGCCAGUCUUUGGGACCUGUACUCCGAGAGCAGCAUUAGAAGCGACUACGAGGACUGGACAGAUAAACAGAGCCGACUCGUCGGCGAGAUAAACAAGGACGUUCCUCGGGCACUCUAUCAACUGGCGGCUGGUUUGAACCAUCUUCAUGGCCUGAGGAUCAUCCAUCGAGAUAUCAAACCACAAAACAUUCUCAUUGCCUACCCGAAGAAGAACCAAACUGGGGGCCCUCGUUUCGUCAUCUCUGAUUUUGGUCUUUGCAAAACAUUACCUGACGGCGUUAGCACAUUGGUCGGUACAACAACCAAUGCUGGCACUGUGGGAUGGAAAGCUCCCGAGCUCAUCCUCCAGCCAAAAGAGAUCGAAGGGCGUGGGAGCUCCACUGGUCAUACCCGUGACUCUUCUCAGUCCAACGACGCUGUCAGCCAAGGCGUCAAGCGCUCUGUGGAUAUCUUCUCCCUGGGCUGUGUAUUCUUCUACGUCCUGACCAACGGCUCGCAUCCCUUUGACGACGAAGAAGGAUGGAUGCAAAUGCGCGAACUCAACAUCAAGAAGAACAAGUACAACUUUAGCAAGCUCGAAUAUCUGGGUGACGACGCAGAAGAACCCAUGCACCUUAUUUCGCGCAUGCUGUCAAACAACCCUGUCGACCGUCCCACAGCUGCGCAAGUCAUGCAACAUCCUUUCUUUUGGAAUGCUGAAAAGCGCCUCACCUUCCUGUGCCAGGUCUCGGACCGCUUCGAAUUUGAGCCGCGCGACCCGCCCUCCAAGGAGCUGCUCAGACUGGAAUCGCACAACGUCGAAGUUAUUUGUAGCGCCAGGGGCACUCAUCCGAUAAAAUUCCCAGACUUUUUAGCAAAGUUGGACAGAAAAUUCAUCGACACGCUGGGCAAGCAGCGCAAGUACCAAGGUGACCGCAUGCUUGACCUCCUCCGCGCGCUACGCAACAAAAAGAACCACUACUACGACAUGCCGCCCGAUGUGCAGGCCAAGGUCGGCCCGUUGCCAGAUGGCUAUCUCAGGUACUGGACGACGCGGUUCCCGAAGUUACUGAUGGCCUGCUACGAGGCGGUGCAGGAGUGUGGAUUCCAUAAGGAGGCGGGCUUCAGGCCGUUCUACGAAGGAGAGGUGAAAUGA